AUGUUGUUGUCUGAAGAGCAGGUCCAGUCCUUUCGCAGGAAUGGUUACCUGGUUCUUGGUAACGUCCUUUCUGAGGUAGAGACCGGGGAACUCCAGCGAUGGGCGCAGGAAGUCCAUGACUGGACCACAGAUGCGAACAGUCCAUGGAUGCCGUACGAGGAAAUCAACGCUCGAGGGGAAAGGGUGCUAUGCCGGACUGAAAACUAUGCAGAUUCCCAUGCGGGCUUGAACAGUCUCCUUCGUGGACAGAAGUUGUUGGAUCUGCUCAAACAAUUGUCGGGUGAGGAGAUGUUGCUGUUCAAGGAAAAGAUCAACUACAAGCUCGCAGGCAGCGGUGGAUUUGCACCCCAUGUCGAUGCCACGGCAUAUACCCACAUCAAAGACAUAAAACACCUUGCCAUCCUUCUGGCGGUUGAUCCAUUGAAUAUGUCCAAUGGUGGCCUGGAGGUCGUUGAAGGGAGUCAUGAAAUGGACGUACCUAUCGGGCCAGACCACUGCAUCGAACUGGGGUGGGUUAAGCAACAGGAAUGGACCCCGGUGGAGCUCAAAGCAGGGCAAGUCCUUGUUUUUGGCUCAUAUCUUGCACACCGGAGUGGCGCCAACCAUAGCAAUCAGGAUCGGAAAGCACUCUAUGCCACAUACAACUGUGCCAGAGAAGGUGAUUUGCAUGACGAGUAUUAUGCGCACAGAAAAGCCACAUGGCCACCUGCACAACUGCGAAAGCAGGGAGAGGAAUAUAAAGAAGGAGCCCUGCGUUACGGGUACGGAAGUCCAAUGUUGAGUAUAGAUGCUGGGAAGCAGCUUGAGUUCGAUGAAGAAGAAUGGAGAUCUCAGCCCAGGGGUGCACAGGUUGCAUCCCGGAUCAUCAACAUACUCAACCAGUAUGGGAAAAGCGAUUACAUCGGCGAACCGAUAUCACAGAUCGAACAUUCAUUACAGUGCGCACAUCUUGCCACACAGAGUAUGGCAGACCGUGAGACGGUCGCUGCGGCUUUGCUCCAUGACAUUGGGCAGAUUAUUCCGGAGACAGAUGCCGAGAAGGUCUUGGGCGGAGUUCCGGUGCAAAGCAUGCGUCAGAUCAACGCGGUCGGCCCAGAUCAGCGAAGCUCAGAUAGCGUCGGCAGAGUAUCUCACGAGACGUUGGGCGCUCAGUAUCUGCUGGCAUUGGGGUUUCCAGCCAAGGUGGCUGAGCUCGUCGAGGCUCAUGUCCCGGCAAAGCGCUACCUCUGUGCCACAGAAGAUGGAUACUAUAACACACUCAGCGAUGCGAGCAAGGAGAGUCUGCGAUUCCAAGGAGGUCCGAUGAGCCAAGACGAAGUGCAACAAUGGAGACAAGGGGAUUGGGCUGUCGAAAAAGCAAACCUGAGGAGGUGGGACGACGGAGCCAAGGUGGUUGGCUUGACAGUUCCUGGGCUAGAGACAUAUCGACCGCUGUUGGAGCAAGUCUUGAGUUCUUGA